UGGAAACGAAUGCCUUUGGCAAUGGACUAGAGUCUCAAAAAGAGAUGAAAUACCUAUUGCAGUUGCGGGGAAGGCAGAAAAUCAUUUUUUGGAACAAGAGAGAGAGAAAACGGAAACCAGGGGCAGUGGGAACAGACAAGAAUGAGGCUGUGCCUCUUGUGACUGUGACGAAGAGAAUGAAUUCAUGGCAUAUGUUCCCAGCAUCUGUUGCGGUGACCUGGAGUGGAAGACUUAGCGAGUGCUGGGUAGAGCCAGAGUUUUGCAUUAGCCCAGAAGUCCCCUGACUGUGUACAGCAGUGUUUGGCUGUGGCAAAAUAAGAGGCCGGGUUAGCAUCACGGUAACAUUGGCUGCAGCUGCCGUCGUGCGCGAAGGGAGAAGGGCUUGUUCGCACCAUCUUUGAAGAGGAAAAGAUGAGAUCGGAAGAACUUCUUGGUUGUUCCCACUGGAGGAUGGCAUUUCCAGCCCCUGUUCGUGAUCAGAAAAUGAGCUGUUGUAGUUAGAGCCAGGCCUCUUCCAGAAGAAGGGGGACCCACCUAAAGGGAGUUUGCAACUCAUCAGGACUUUCUGGAGAAAACCGUAAACCCUGAGAUUCAACGGGACCUCAGGCCAAGCAGCACACAGGUAAGGCCUCAUGGAUGAGCUGGUGCACGACCUGGCUUCGGCCUUGGAGCAGACGUCGGAGCAGAACAAACUGGACGAGCUCUGGGAAGAGAUGGCGCUGAGCCCUCGGCAGCAGCGCCGGCAGCUUCGCAAGCGGCGGGGCCGGAAGCGGCGCUCCGAUUUCGCUCACCUGGCAGAACACGCCUGCUGCUACAGCGAGGCCUCGGAGUCCAGCCUGGACGAGGCCACCAAGGACUGUCGGGAGGUGGCCGCCGCAGCCGCCACCGCCAACUUCAGCGACUCUGAUGACACGCUGGUGGCCGGGCGGCACCCCACCCUGGGCGCCACCUUAAAGAGCAAGCAGCAUUCCUGGCCCGAGUCCGACUCCUUUACCGAGAACGCGCCCUGCAGGCCCCUGAGGCGCCGGCGGAAGGUGAAGCGGGUCACGUCGGAGGUGGCCGCUAGCCUCCAGCAGAAACUCAAGGUGUCAGAGUGGACCUACGAGAGGGGCUGCCGCUUCAAGUCGGCCAAGAAGCAGCGACUGUCCCGCUGGAAGGAGAACGCCCCCUGGUCCUCGGCGACUCACGGGCUCUGCGAGUCGGCGGAAAACAGGACCUUUCUCGGCAAGACGGGCCGCAAGGAGAGGAUGGAGUGCGAAGCCGACGAACAGAAACAGGGCUCUGACGAGAACAUGUCAGAAUGUGAAACCAGCAGCGUGUGCAGCAGCAGCAGCGACCCGGGCCUCUUCACCAACGACGAAGGCCGCCAAGGGGAUGAUGAGCAGAGUGACUGGUUCUAUGAAGGAGAAUGUGUCUCCGGAUUCACUCUCCCCAACCUCCUACCCAAGUGGGCACCAGAUCACCGAUCUGAGGUGGAGAGGAUGGACUCGGGCCUCGACAAGCUUUCUGAUUCUACAUUCCUUUUGCCGUCUCGACCGGCCCAAAGAGGGUUCCAUGCACGCUUAAAUCGUCUGCCUGGGGCAGCCGCACGAUGUCUCAGAAAGGGACGGAGGAGACUUGGAGGCAAGGAAAGCAGCCUGAGCAGCCUGGGCCACGAAAGGCUAAGCCACAUCAUAAAUGACCCACGUCAGAAAGAAAAGAACAAAACGUUGCCUUCUGAUUACCCUCACAUCCCUGCCUGUGCACACGAGUUUAAUCCCCUGUCUCCCCUUUACUCUCUGGACGUCCUUGCUGAUGCUUCCCACCGAAGGUGCUUAGCAGCGCACUGUUCUGCCAGACAGACAAGCAUACACUUGGGACCCCUGUGUUCAAGGGACAUCAAGAGGAAACGAAAGCCAACAGCCACAGCGUCUCUUUCCAGUCCAACCACAGCUUUGCCUGUACCCACGGAUGCAGCAGACCCGUCCUCGGCGCCGGCUCAGAGAGCUCUAAACUCCGAAUGGAUGGUCAGAAACCAUGCAGGAGAGAAAGCCACUGGUUCAACCCCAAGCUCCUUUUUUAAAAUGCCACAGGAGAAAAGCCCAGGAUACAGCUAGAGGCAUUUCUGCCUCUCGGGAAGCCAGCUGGAUUGUUCUGUUUUUGUUUUUUGUUUUUCUAAAUGGACUUCGGGCAAUUGGACCCCCAAUACCUUAAAUGGCAAUACCCAUCCGUACACACUCACCUUCAGCAAGAGUGACUUUGUCUCGCUCUUGAAAAUAUCCUACGUGUGAAUCUAUGUAAAAACAAUUGUAUUGUUGGGACACAUCUCUUUUUUACAAAUGUCCCCGCUCUGCUGUAUUUAUUAUGCAGUCAUUCCUGUCCCGACAUCUCCAUUCAGCUUCAGGCCCACAGCCAAUGCUUUUCUGCUACUGUUUGUUGUUGUGAAAACUGGUGACUGCUUGUGCGUAGCCUUUGGCAGGUCCUAUUUUUUGCCCCAGAGGAAGGGGGACUCCGCAGCCACCCCGAACCGAGCCAAGGACAGAGUUAAAACCCGGCCAGGAGCCGUGUUCUGAGGGAGGUAGGAGGCAGGAAACACGCGCCUGGUUUUUCAGACUUGGAAUCUGGAACUUUGUCUCUUUUCAGACCCGAGUGCCAAUGGGACUUAUAUCACCUGACUUCCGAAGAGUAAGGAUCAGCUCAGGGCCUGGCAGCCAGUUCCUCCUUAGUCCCUCCUCCCCUGCUGGGACGGACCGAGUCUUCAGGACCGGCAGUAUUCCGCCUUCAUGUCACAAAAAACCUCCUCCUUCCUGAGCAGGCUUGUUAGAGCAAGGAGAAAAAGUUGGGCCCGCAGCACCACUCAGGUAUUCAUUGAGGUUUUUCUGGAGCAAGCCUGCUAGACAAAGGGAAAUCUCCCCUACUGCCAGGGAGCAAUAGCGUUUAUGUGGCUGGAUUUCCAGGCCGGUAACCAGAGGUAGCCUGCUCUGGUAUCGGCCACUUGGAGUUGGCUUCCAAACAAAAUUCCUGGUGUCCCCUCCUCAUAGUUUCUGUCUGAUUGGAGACCAGGCCACAUCCGCUUUUAGUCCCGCUUACAGACUUCCAGCAGUUCAGUCCCGCUUACAGACUUCCAGUAGCCGGGGGAAAUCCACUGAUUCCAAAUCCAGCCCUUAAAGCACUUCCAGAGUCCCAACAACGGGGACUUCUUUUGUAUUUCUUUGGUGCUUUACACAGUGUAAGAGAGAAUCUAAGCUCUCUGCUUCCCAACUUCAUCCUCCUCUUUCAGGCCACCCCUAGGGAGAGCCUUCCUCCAGCUUCUCUCAUGUCUACAUUGAAAGAGGUGCCGAGAAGGAGCUGACUUCCCACUCCCCUAGCUCCAAAUUGCUUUCCACUCUGCCGUGGGUAAUGGAGAGCACCCUAACUAUUUUCCCUCCUCAGAUUGCACUUCACUUGGCAGUACUGUCAACUCUGGAGAGGCUCAGGGCUCAGCUUUUCUAAUUUAUGCCUCAGAGAGGUUUAUAUAAUAAUGGCAAAUACGGUCUUUUUUUAAUCAUCCCUCCGUAGUGAAUGCCAAAGAGCCACUUGCUUCCUAGGGGCUCCGAAUGCUUUAUGAGCAUUAGCUCCCUGGGUGAAAGAGGCCCAGAAAUGGCCAUUUUAACCAAUUGCCACUAUAACCAAUGGGAAAACAAUCAUAGGGAGGCAAAAUGACUAGCCCAAGGUCAAUAAAUCCAGAGCUAGAAGGCAAGGGUCCUACACCCAGGCCAGAAUUCUAUUCACAGCACCAAACUAUGAAGUGCUCCCGUCUUGGCAGUAUUUGCAGAAAGAACCUCCUUAUUCCUUUGGCUACCUGAUAACUCUCCACGCCACAGUAUAUAUGGGAAGGAGUGUGUAAGGAUACCUGCCCCUUCCCUGGGCCCCAGAUUAGCCUCUUUUUUGAGUGUCUACAUCUCAAUCACAUGCCCUGAUUCUGAGCUGAAUUUAUGGAAAGCUCCUUCAGUGUCACAUGUCCAUUCUGGGUUGUGGGGGUGCUCUGGUGUGAGCAGUUGGAUAAUUCUAAGAGGGGACUCAAGAAAUUCGAAUUAACAAUACCUCAUAAAGAGACAAAAAACAACCUGGGCGCACCUGGGGGAGAGCGGCACUCCAUUAAGCACAGAGGUGCUUUUUAACAGAGUGGUGCGACAGUGCUCCUCCAAUGGGGUGCUGUAUCUGUACGCUUCAGAAAUGAUGGGUUAUUUCUCAGUGUGAUGCUUGGAUUUCCAUUUUCUUUGGUUAAGAGUAACUCUGUGUUCAAGUUUUCUAAAUUUACUUUUUAUUAAAAUAUCACAUGGUUUAAAAGCUAAUCCCAAGGUAUUUCACAUCUGUUUUGGGGUGGACACCUAAAAUGAAAAAAGUAAGUUUUUAGAAAAUCAUCAAGGAAAACUUGAAACAGACUUCAGCCAGAUGCCUUCCAUGGGACUGAACUACUCACAGAAUUACUGGGUCAGUAACUAUGUCUGAUUCUUAAAGUUUCCACUGAGCUCUGUUCAUUUACCCUUAAGGCUGGAUCUGCCUAUGUAAAUCCCAAGCUUUUUGUGUUUCUGAAAUACGUUCAUAAAAACAACCGGGACCUAGUCA